AUGCCUCUUCAAAUCUCAUCCCUGCGUUUCGAGCAUCACCCGACUGGGCUCGGGUUGUCCUCCCCGGCUCCCCGGCUAUCAUGGCGUGUCAUAUCAGACGCAGUGCCAAAGAACUGGCAACAGGAAGCUUAUGAUGUCGAGAUCACUCGGUGCGCCAAACAACCCCAGACGUUUCACGUAGACAGCACCUCUACUACACUCGUCCCUUGGCCCGACUCUUCUUUAGUGUCAGGUGAAGUCGCCUCGGUUCGCGUCAAGUCUCGAGGGCACUCCGAUGAUGGACAAGUAGACACAGAAUGGUCCGAUCCGGCAACCGUUGAAGCUGCCCUCCUAUCGCAGGACGACUGGAAAGCAAAGCCUAUUACCGCACCCCCACGGUCGGAAUCUCACCCCGACGAGCGAGGUAUCCGGCCAGUUCGGUUCCGGAAGAUAUUCAACGUCCCCGAGUCCAAGGACGGUCGUGCCAGACUUUAUAUUACCGCCCUCGGCUUAUACGAAGCCUACCUCAACGGCACUCGCAUUGGAGACGAGUGGCUCGCUCCAGGGUGGACCGCAUAUCAGCACCGCAUUCAGUAUCAGGUCUUUGAUGUGAGGUCUCUAUUGAGACUAGGCCAGCCGAAUGUUCUAUCAGUAGAAGUGAGUGAAGGAUGGUAUGCUGGCCGGGUGCUCUGGGGCGAUGGUCUUACUUGCUUCUAUGGAGACCGCAUCGGCGUUCUCGCUCAGCUCGAGAUACUGAGUGAGACUUCACCGAACCCGGCCUUCCUGCUCACAACGGACAAUUCCUGGGAGUGCCAUGCCUCGCCGAUUGUCGGUAGCGACAUAUACGACGGCGAGACGUACGACCUCGGCCUCGAGGUCACGGAUUGGCACCAUGACAAGAGUCAGUGGUCCAACGCCGAUACCUUGCCGUUUCCCAAGUCCUCCCUAGUCGCAUCACCCUGUCCCCCAGUGCGAAUCACCGAAACAGUCAAGCCUGUCAAAGUCUUUACCGACGUUGCGGGUAAGACUUUAGUCGACUUUGGCCAGAACCUUGUCGGCAAACUUGUGGUCCAUUCUCUGAAAAAGCCCGACGGCCACCGCCUCAGGAUCCGCCACGCAGAAGUUUUGGAGAACGGCGCCCUAGGCGUGCGUCCCCUCCGUGCGGCGAAGGCGACGGACACAAUCAUCUUUGGCGGCGGGCGAAGCCUUCAAGAGUGGUCACCACAUUUUACAUAUCACGGGUUCCGUUACGUCGAGCUCGACGGAUGGGACGCCGGCGAGGUGACUCUCGACUCAAUUGCGGCUGUUGUCAUGCACACCGACAUGCAGCGAACGGGCUUCUUCUCUUGCUCUAAUGACGACAUCAACGCUCUGCACCGCAACGUUGUCUGGAGCAUGCGCGGCAACUUCGUGUCUAUUCCCACUGACUGCCCCAGCGUGACGAACGUCUGGGAUGGACUGGUGAUAUACAGAUCUUCAGCCCAACAGCCUCAUUCCUUUACGACUGCGCAGGAUGUUAUACUAGACCAGAAGGACGCCAACGGCAUCGUCCCUCUCGUCGUGCCGAACGUGAUGAAGGACGGCCCCUGGCCAGCAAUGCCUCAAGCAGUGUGGGACGAUGUCGUGGUUCUUGUUCCGUGGACUCUGUACAAGUGGUUCGGCGACGCUGGCGUCUUGCAGGAAACUUACCCCGGCAUGAGAGAUUAUCUCAAGUCCAUUAAGCGAGGAGAAGACGGUCUUUGGGAUCCCACUCUCUGGCAGCUGGGCGACUGGCUCGACCCCAACGCACCUCCAGCCGAGCCAGGUCUCGCCAGAACCGACGGAACUCUCGUUGCGGACGCGUACCUCGUCUAUGUCACAAACAUUAUUUCCCAGAUCGCCAGCGUCCUCAACAUCACCGCUGACGCAGAGCACCUUGCCGCCGAGUACAAACGCCUCAAACAGCUCUUCCAGGACAAAUACAUUACCAAAGCAGGCUUUGUCGUCGCUGAUUCCCAGACAGCGCUCGCUCUGGCCCUGCUCUUUGACCUCCACGAAACUCCCGCUCAGCGAAUGGCCGCGGCGGAGAGGCUCGCACGGCUGGUGCAGUACUCCAAGUUCAGGGUGUCGACCGGCUUCGCAGGCACUCCCGUCAUCUUACACGCGCUGUCGGAGACGGGCCAUGUGCAACACGCGUACCGCAUGCUGCUGGAGACAGGGUGUCCAUCGUGGCUGUACCCCGUCCGCAUGGGCGCGACGACGGUGUGGGAGAGGUGGGAUAGCAUGUUGGAGGACGGUACGAUCAACCCUGGCGAAAUGACGAGUUUCAAUCACUACGCACUUGGGAGCGUUGCAAACUGGAUGCAUGCCAGCAUCGGGGGAUUGUCGCCGAUGGAGGCGGGGUGGAAGAGGUUUCGGGUUAGGCCGCGACCGGGAGGCGGCCUUGAGCAUGCGGAGGUUACGUACCUGAGUCCGAACGGACAGAUUCAGAGUCGUUGGGAGAUCAAGUCGGAAGACAAGCUGGUGCUGGAGCUGACAGUUCCGUUGAAUGCUACUGCGGUGGUUUCGUUGCCGGAUGGGAGCGAAGAGAAGACGGUCGGAUCUGGGACUCACACGUUUGAGAGCGGUCUUGCUCCCGAUACGAAGGGGCAAUGGCCGCCCAAGGCUCUCUUGACUCAGUUUGGACUCUGA